ACUCACUUUGAAGACAACCAUGAAGCUGAACGGUCCUCUUACUUUCGUUCCCAUUUUAUUGCUCGUUUUGGGGACUUCGGCCUUAAAACUGGAAGAAGAAGAGCCCAGACAAAAACGAUUGUUCAGCCUCUUCAAUGUUGUGCGAUUCCGAAAUGAGCCUUGUUCUGGAGGCAGAUUAGAUAACAUUGGAACCUGUAUGAGCUCAACAGAAUGUGUCAGCGCCGGAGGAAACACAAUUGGGAACUGUGCGGCGGGCUUUGGUAUUUGCUGUGGCUUUUCAAUUGUUGGCUGUGGUGGAACAGUAACUCAGAACUGCACUGUUAUCAGAAAUGAAGGGUUUCCUUCACCAACCACAGAAACUGAUAAAACAUGCACCUACAACUUCAACAGGAUUGAUAGCAAUAUUUGCCAAAUGAGACUGGAUUUUCAACCAACCACGACGUUACCAUUGGCAACACUCCCCGAUGGACAAUGUGGCGACACUGGCGCUGAGCUGCGGGUGGGCAGUGGAUUUUCCAACAAUGCUGCUGCAUUCCCUCCUGUAAUUUGCGGUCAGCUCACUGGUCAACAUUUGUACUUUGAAUCGGGUAGUACGGGAAAUGCAGGAUCACUGGCCAUCUCUUUGGGCACUACUCCUGGUCCCCGACAGUACAACAUCAAAGUUUCUUACAUUCCAUGUGAUAGUCCUCUGAGACCUCCCUCUGGUUGCACUCAAUACUUCACGGGUCUGACGGGUACAGUGACCUCUUACAAUUUCGCCGGGGGACAAUUUCUUGGAGGCCACAAUUACAACAAUUGCAUCCGUCAAUUAGAAGGGUUUUGCAGUUUUUCCGUGGCUGAGAGCGCCAUUGUCACACCGGAUCCUUUUGAUGUGAGCAACGCCAACAUGAUUCAAGACAAUUGCAUGAAACUGAGUCAUGUUCUCAUUCCAAGUUCCGUGAUGAUUCACGACAACGACCGUAUGGUGAUCGUUAUUCCGUCUAUGCGAUGUGGCCAGAACUUUGGAUCGGUAAGCGGACCGGACCAAAGAGUUCCAUCAUCUUUACCAUCCCUACCGAACGUGCCCUUUGCCAUUGGAGUUCGAACUCUCCCUGCAAUGCUAGUUGGAGGCGUCACUGGACUAGGAGGCUUCAGUCUAGAUUACACCCAAGUGCCUUGUUAAAUAAUGACAUUGUCCAGGAUGGAUUGUUGUUGAUGAACUAACUUCUUUAAUGAGCAAGAACAUGUAAAAUGUGUAUCACAUAAGGUAAAUAAAUAUUAAAAAAUCUCGA